AUGAGUCAAUUUGGACUAAGUUCGAGUAAUUCGCAUUGGGGAUACGGGAGUGCUAGCGCAUAUCCGGCGUACUUGCCGUCUUGUGCGGCGCCCGGCGCGACUCAAUUCAAUCCACCUGCCCUCGGCUUUGCAGGGAGUGUGUCUGACCAGACGCCCACGCAAGACUUUACUUCUAAUAACACAGUAUUACCUGAUACAACUGGCGUGGACUUGGAUCAGCAGCUGUCUGGACUCGUGGGCUCCUCACCUUCACACCACGGUAGUCUCUUGCCACGAUAUAACAAUAACGCUGACUACGGCUUAUCGACGGGGCCAAGAUCGUUAAGCGACAAUAGUUCGCAGCCUGAAUCACCUGUACAAGACGAUUUAUUAACUUCCAAUACGUCUAACAAUAUCGGCCACAACCACACGAAUAGUUCUAACUUUCCCUCACUAAUGGGAUCACAGAACGCCUCGUACGGCGGAAGCAACUGCAACAAUUCACUGUACCCCGUACUUCCAGCUAGUUUAUUGUACAGUCAAUUGUAUACGGCGGCAAACCAAACUCAUAAUUUUCAUUCAUUGCAUUCGAAUUCGAUACAUCAUUCAACACAAAACCAUCACAACGAAUUACAAACUAUGAUGGAUCAGAUAUCUUCGACCACUAAUAACCACAGACAACAUGGGAACCAUGGGCAUGGUGAUUUGUUAUUAGGCGGUGGUAACUCUUGUGCUGCGGCAGCGUCUAGAGGAGAAGAUGGUAGAGUGAACAGCCUAGGACAACGUGGCAACCCACAACCAGAUAGUAACACUGUUUGGCGACCAUACUAA